UUAUUCCGAGAGUGUAAACUAUCCUCGUCUGACGUUUCGUGACGCUAGACAGGAACCAGCGGAGGGAGCUCGGUAAAUCAAGAUGGCGACCUACGACGAAGCAGGAAAGAGAAUUGAGUUUAAAUAAAACUGAUCCCAGGAGCAGUUUUAUCUCCAGUUCGAGCGUAAAUUGGGUUUGUUUGGAUUCUGAGAGGACGAGACGGAACAUAUACUGAUCUUAAAUGGCUGCAAGGAAGUCUGGAUCUGAUGCAUACAACAAUGGACCCAUCAGCUACCUCGACAGUGUUCCCUUCAAGAUAAAUGAGAAAUUUCGCUGUCCGGCCAAAGUGGGCUUGCCUGUUGGUUUUGGUUUACCAGAAUGUGGCUCUUUACAUGCAGACAAAAAGCAUGAUUUUUCGUUGGAGAAGCGCGUCCUAUCUUGGGGCGUAGGCCUCGCUGAGGCCAGAGCAGCUGAGAACCGAGCAAAAGAAGCAGCAGCCAAGCAUGAAGCAGAUAGCAAGGAGUCUUUGGCCCAGUCUCAAGGCAUCGAGGAUGGUGGGGGCAAGAAGCCCCAGUCUGUUACAGAGGAUCAUGACCUUCUACCACCAGCGCUGAACCCUGUUCUAGCAGGACUGAGCCAUAACGCCAUCCUCACACCGCUUCCUGCCCCCAGCCUCGGCCCCAGAAAAACCCAACCCAGCACUCCUCAGCCAAAUAGCCUCAAUUUAGCCGACUUUGAGCGAGAAGAAGACCCUUUUGACAAACUAGAACUCAAAACUUUGGACGAUAAGGAGGAACUGAGGAACAUUCUACAGAGCCAACCCCAGCCUCAACCACUCCCUUUUGUACCUCCUCCAGAGGGCUCUCAACAAGGCUCAGCCUCUCGUGGAAGCAGUCCAUCGCGACCCAGCACAAACGCAGGCCUGUUAGCUAAACCGGGCUUUGUUCACAAACCCAAUGGGUUGGUUGCCUUGAUGGAUAUGGACAGGGUGGGGCAGCCGGGAAGAGUGGCGUUCGACACAGACGACAGGCCUUGUAACAUCCGCUCCCUCACUUUCCCCAAGCUGUCGGAUUCUGGUGACCCUGACCCGGGGACAUUCGGCCCCCCCUCUGCACCCGUUUCUGCAUUCCAACAAAGUUUGUCCAACGGUAGCUCUCCGACACUACCGAAAACACAAGUUAUUGUUGGGACGGACUCACCCAGCCACAGCAAGAGUGACACACCAAAGCUGGCAAAUGCUGGAUCGGUAUCUUCUGGCCUGCCAUGCGGCGGAGCCCUUCUCAGUAUGACGCCCAGUGAACGUCAGUGUGCGGAAACGCUUGCGGGCAUGGGCUACUCUUAUGAGGAAAUACUACGGGCCAUGCAAAGACAAGGACAGAAUGUGGAGCAGGUGCUGGAUUAUCUGUUUGUCCACGGUCGUCUGUGUGAGCGGGGCUUUGAUGCGAGUGCGGUGGAAGAAUGUUUAGAGAUGUAUCAGUGUUCAGAAGAAAAGGCCUUGCAAUUUCUUGAGCUCAUGUCAAGAUUUGGUGAAAUGGGGUUUGAAAGAGAUGCCAUCAAAGAGGUGCUGCUAGUCCACAACAACGAUCAGGAAAAGGCUUUGGAGGAUCUGAUGGCGCGCGCUACAGCUAGCUGAAUAAAAGCCUGCAAUCUAGGAAAGCUGUAUCCGGGGCAUUUCUCUUUCUGCCAUCCAACAGCCCCUUUCCCUCCAGCCUAACUUUCUUUUGCCGUGCCCUGCCCCUUUGCUGUAGAAGGAACAGCUGGGAGACUGCUUCUCUCUGUGCUAAAAUGUAUCAUGAGCUGGCGAGCGGAACUGGAGAUUUGGGCUAAACUGUCGUUUCCACUUUAAAGUGAAAGUGAAUACGUGAAUGGGAAGAAGCCAGGUACCGAACUGUGAAUCAACAAAAGACACGUUUGAACUUGGGAAAUUCCUUAAGAUCUAAGCUGCCAUCUUCCACUGCUCACUGCAGACCCAGCAAAAGGCUGGUGGGUCCAGGGGAGGCUCUCUGGAGCGGAACAGACUUUAUUUUCAAAGAGAAAUAAAAGACACGGCCGCCAGACAGAUCUUUCUCUCAAGAAGUGCCCUCUGAUAGGUUGUGCCCUGCACCUAUUUUCUGUUUUACUUUACGCAUUCAUUCAUGUCUUGUUUUGCUGUUCAGUUCUGGGCACUUUGUUAUGUCAGUUUAAAGAUUGUGUAUUUGCUUUCUGUUUUAGGAAUUGCAUUAUAAAGCUUUUUUCAUAAUUCAAAAACACAAGAGUUCUGCUAUCCCAAAGUGUUGUUCAGCUAGCUGUGGGGUAGCCUUCCUUUUGGAGGUGUGAGGGGGAGGAUGACGAGUUCCAAAGUGGGAAAGUUGGAACACCCCCCGGAUCCAUUGUCACAGUCGUGUCACACUCUGUACACGAACACUCGUUCCAAAAUCCACAUUUUAUUUAAAAAUACUACACUGACACUUUGAUUUAAGAAUAAAAAGUUUAAUAUGAAAACUUAACAUAUGUUAACUUUAAAAUGUGAUGCUAUAAAUUGUUGUGUUCUUUUGUUUGCAGACUGGAAAAGCGUGCAGGUUGCCUUUGCAGCCUCAUCACAGUGCAAUAGAGUCAUUUCAUGUUGUAUGACUGUUGACCGGCACUUUGAGCCUCAUUUAGUUGGAGAAAAAAUAUUGGUGUUAAGGCUAACUGGGCCUUUGGUUGUGAGGAGGAUAAAACAUUUGAUUUCACUGAUUUUUGUAGUUCAUUUUCUGUUCAUAGUGUUUCAAAGCAGACGGUUUAACCGACUGACUUGGAAUUGUUGAUUGUCCUCUUUUUUUGUUUUGAUUUCACCAAGGUUAAUGUGUCUCGAAAAGCUCAAUGGAAAAAAAAGAUUUCUAAUUUUUCCUAAAUUGGGAUUGGACUUUGCUAAAAGCAGGGCACCAUCCUUUAUUUUUAUAGUAUGUGAUAAUGGACCUUGUGAGUUCAUUCUGUAUUGAAGCAAGUCAUUAUAAUUACAUCUGGGGCAAGGGUGGUCCUCCUUUUUGGGAUUAUGGAAGGUAUAGUAAACAUGAAAUGUGACCCGACAGUCAUGGGACGAGACUAUUGCUGAUCCCUUUCAAAACUCAAAUGAAGCAUUUUCUAAAACAAAAUGUUAGAUGGUAUUGUGUUUAAUUGACCCAACAUUAUUUGAUUGGAAAGUGACCAAGAUUUGGGGCAGGUGAAUCAACAUUUCAUUAAAAAAAGACACCAUAUUCACUUCAAACAUUGAGUUCUAUUUAAAGUGGAAAAGAAGAGUUGUUUUUUUCAUUGCCUUUUGUUUUGUUUCAUGUACAAAAGAAGAAACAUAAACUUUUACCCAAUAACA